GUCCGGGGACCGAGCUUCUCCUCUUGCUGUCGUAGGGCGGGAUCUGCGCGCCGAGGGCUCCUGCGCCAUGGACCGCGCCCCGCCGGCCCCGGAGCCCGCGGCCCCCCGCGCCCGCGCCCCGGCCGUGCUGGCGCCGGUGCGCGCCGUGCUCCGCCUGCGCCGCCGGGUGCGCGUCCUGCGCAAGCGGCGCCUCCAGGGGCCCGGGCCGGCCGGGCCGGGCUGUGGUCCCAGCGCUGCGCGCACCGAGCCCCGGUUCUUCACCUUCGACGGCCCGGCGGAGCCGCCUCCCCGGGCCCCGCGCAGGAGGCGCCGGCGCAGCCGCCUGGUGCUCUACCCCGAGGCCUCCCGCAAGCCCCGGCCGCGCGCCGAGCGCCGGAGCCGCGCACAGCGCUGCCUGUGGCUGCUGGUGGCCAUCGUGGGCUUCCAGGUGCUCAACGCCAUCGAGAACCUGGACGACAACGCGCUGCGCUACGACCUGGACGGGCUGGAGAAAGCGCUGCGGGGCGCCGUGUUCGGCCAGCCGGCCGCCGUGAGCCGCGUCGUGGCGCUGCUGCGGGACUACCUGGCCACGCACGCGCACGGCCGCCCGCUCCUGCUGGCGGUGCUCGGGCCCCGCGGCGUGGGCAAGAGCCUGGCGGGCCGCCUGCUGGCGCGCCACUUCCGCGCCGUGCCCGGCGGGGCGCCCGUCCUGCUGUACCACGCGCGCCACCACUGCCCCGAGCCGCGCGCCGCGCCGCGCUGCCGCCGGGACCUGGCCCGCCGCGUGUCCGACGUGGUGGCGCGGGCCGAGGCCGCCGAGAAGACGCCGCUCCUGGUGCUGGACGAGGCCGAGCUGCUGCCGCCCGCACUGCUGGACGAGCUGCACGGCCUCCUGCAGCCGCAGCGCCCGCACCGCUUCCGCAACGCCAUCUACGUGCUGCUCAGCGGCACCGGCGGGGCGGAGAUCACGCGGUUCGUGCUGCACCAGGCCUCUCGCGCCCCGCACAACGCCUCCCGCUCGCCGCCGGGCCUGGACGCCGCGGCCGCCGCGCGGGCCGAGGAGGAGCUGCGCGCCCGGCUCCGCGCGCUCCUGGCCCGGGAGCACCCGCUGUGGCAGACCGCGGCCAUCGUGCCCUUCGUGCUGCUGGACAAGCAGGACGUGAUCGGCUGCUUCCAGGACGAGAUGGCCGGGGAGGGCUUCUUCCCGGACCGGGCCCGCGCCGAACGCCUGGCCGCGCAGCUCAGCUACUACCGCGUGGCCGGCCGUGAGUUCGCGGUCACCGGCUGCAAGCAGGUGGUGGCCGCCGUGAACCUGCUGUAGCCCGGGCUUCUGGGUUGGCGGCGGAAGCGGGAAAGGAGGCCGGGGCUCGUCCAACCCGGCGCCACCCAGGGGCCCAUGGCGGG